GACAUCAUUAACUAAAUAACAAUACUUCAUUAAACAAAUCCAAAUAACUCCAAAAAAAUCCUUCAAUAUGUUCAAAUUUGUUGUUGUCUUUGCUGCCUGUUUAGCUUAUGCUGCUGCCGGUGUUGUUCAUCAAACUGCUUUAGCUGCUGCUCCCGCCGCUGUAGCUGCUUAUGCUAAUGCUCCUUUGAAUGCUGCUGGUGGCAGUCAACAAAUUGAUGUUCGUCACAACUACGAUGGUACUUUGUCUUCCUACACUACCACCCCCUUCGCUUAUACUUCCCCCGUGUCUAGCCGUUAUGUAGCUGGUGCUCCUGCUGCCUAUGCUGCACCCGCUGCUUAUGCUGCUGCUCCUGCUAAAUAUGUUGCUCCCGCUGGUGUUGCUACACCUUUCGCUGUAGCUUCUCCUUAUGCUUCUCCAUAUGCUGCUCACUAUGCCGCUCCUUAUGCUGCUCCCUAUGCUGCUCACUAUGCUGCUCCCUAUGCUGCUGCUUAUGGUGCUCCUUUGGCUACCCCUUUCGCUGCUGCUCCCGCUAAAGUAGUUGUUUAAAUUUUGAAAUUAUUUUCCAUUUUCAUAUUUUGUUUUUGUAUAUAAUUGUUGAUAAUAAUAAAUAUUUAUUUUUGUAAAUAUUA